AUGCGGUCGAGUGCUGCCUCUAAAGCGCUUCUGUGCCAGGAAAUUCUUGUCGAGAUUCUUGGCUACCUCUCCCCUGGCCGACCGGACGAACACGCUCUACCGAAGGAGAGGCUACAUAGACGCGAGGCCCAGAGAGCUCUUGCUCGUGUUGCCCGCGUGUGCCAUGCUUUCUCCGGGCCUGCGCUGAACGUGCUGUGGCGCGUUGCGGACAGCCUGGUCGCCCUAUUGUCCGUCCUUCCCUCAUUUACACUCUUGCCCUCAAAACAACUUGCGUUGACGCGCGACGUGACCGACGCGGAAUGGGCCCACUUCCAAGAGUACGCGCGCCGCGUACGGGUGCUGUAUUCGCGUUCUGAAGACCAAAUAUCGCCCUCUGUCUGGAUAUUCUUUGCGAGACGAUGCCCGGACGGACAUAGCCUCAUUCCCCGACUUCAAGAGCUUGACGCGCUCGACGUGUCCCCUGCCGAGCCCGGCAGGAUCCUCCUGCUCUCUCCAACCCUGCGGCACCUCGCACUCACCAUCACCCACACGUCGCACAGGAUAGCAGAGAGCUCUCCUAUCAUCGACACAGUGAUGGAGCUGGUACAAAAGAUCAGCGUACCCAACCUUGUGGGUCUGCGUGUCACCGCGGCAACCACCGACCUGCCGUUUAAUCCCGACAUCAUGCCCUACACCCGUCUCGCACACCUGCAGGAGCUGGAGAUACUCUCUAGCUGCCUCUUUGACAAGGAUUCGCUUCAAGCGCUGUUGGCGUUCCCGAACCUUCGGAAGCUCACCGUAAAUCCGAAGUUUCUUGGGGACAUGGCCGGAGACGAGCUCACGCCAGGGCUGCACGCGUUGCUGGACUUAAAGAUCAUCGGCUUUCCUGAUGUGGUGUCACGGUUCCUGCAAUGGACUUCUCCCCCUGCCCUCGAAUCCCUGGCUAUCGACUACAUCGACUGGGUGUUGAACCCAGGCGUCCCCGAAACCCUCCCGCUCAAGAGCGCCACCAAGUCCCUCCGUCGCCUCAAGAUCAGCUUCGCGUCAUACCUUCUGCCAUCGAGCCUGCUGGAGGUGAUGCGCCCCAUCCUCGAACUUGACGGCAUGACCCACAUAUCCAUUACCAUCGACCACCUGGAGAUGGAGCUUCCCGUCACAGAGACUGAGCUACUGACCAUGGCGGACGCGUGGCCUAACCUCGUCGAGUUCGAGAUCGACGUCAAAGAAAUCGACGGCGGCGACGACGUCCUGGACUACAACGGCCGCCCCUCCCCUCGGUCCCUCAUCACCUUCGCGGAGCGCCACCCGCGUCUCGUCCGGCUCAUCUGGCCGUUUGUCGAGACGUUCGACGCCUCAGGAAUACGGGACAUGGAAAAUGCCCCUGCACUCGAUCACGGCCUUCAGGUCUUCCGCUCGUGCAUCGUGCGGGACGACGGCCUCCCGAAGCAUCGCGAGUUCGCGACGUUCGUCGAUCGCCUGUUCCCCAACCUCGACCUGUCGGACGUUCAGUACCCCGUCCUGGCGAAGUCGCACUAUGGGCGCCAACGAUUCAAGCGAUGGUGUGAGGUCGAGCAGUUUCUCCUCGCGAUUCAUACCGGAAGACAAAGUCGCUCUCGCUUGACAUAGCGUCUGAUAUUUAGCGCGCCCUCCCUAUUAUGUCGGACUGCACCGUUUGGUCUAUAGUACUAUAUACCUUUCUAUGAAUAUACGAAUGUCUUGUUUUGAAAUGAAUUGCCUUCGCUUGAUGUAUGGAUCGUUUGAAUACGAGUUUUCGGCUUGC